AAAACUAUCAAAUUAUAUUCUGGCUGCAUUAUUAUCUUUCGCAGAAUUUUUAAAUAACUAAACGACUUGCUAAAAAAUGGGAACACAAGACCAAGUUAUAUACGACGUUCAAUUAUACUUAGAGAAAGCAGAAAACAUGCUAGUGCUCUCACCGCCCGAUGUAGUGCUCUUCUCAGAGCUCAUUUGGGGCGCGGCGGCUAUGUGCAUAAGGAAGUUUUGUCUUUCCAACUUCAAAAUUAACAUAAAAAGUCAUGGAGCAACUUUAAGACUUAUGAAUAUCGUUGAGGAGAACCUGCAUCGGAAGCCCUCCGACAUUAGAAUUUUAUCAAAAGCGUUUAAUCACGCUAAACAGUGUCAUAAAAAUUUCUACGAUUUAGGAUUUUUAGCUGAUAAAUUUCGACAGAGUAUCCUCGCAUCAAUGCAGAACAUGGAAAAAAUUAUGGAUGCUCCUAUAGCUAAAAAACUUAAACAAGAUGUUAUAGAUUUGCUGAAAAAAGAUUUGUCCCUUGACAAAACAGGCUAAACGGAAAAAGCGACGAUUGGGAAUAUUUCAUAUGAUUACCAUACUAUAGCAUAUUAAUAAGACAUUUUUCACAAUUUUCGACUUAUGUUUCUAAAAAAAUCGAAAGAUCAAUAUAAUGUUUAAUUUUCAAUUUUGUUAGAAAACGAAACUUUUAUUUCAAACAAAAAGAAAUGCUGAAAAACAGGCAAUAACUUGCAAACUCUGAAAGUUGUGUUUUCAAAAGCCGACUUCAAAUUUUGAAAUAUAUUGUUAAAAUGUUCACCACCAAAUUGUUGUCCAUACUCAUGGGCAUAUUUUAUGAUGGCUUUCGAAAAAUUCAUCAGUUAAUUAUUAUUCCCAACAUUUUUUUGUGUAGGGUACUUCAUUAAAGCAUAUUUCAACUGUGAGUUUCUGAUAUUUGUGACAGAAGACUUUGCCUUGAUUAGAAAUCGUUAAUGUUUGCAUCAUUGCAACAUUUUCCCACUGGCCAAAGUUCGCCUAAAAACUUUUUAACUUCUUCACACUAAUUUCAAUAAAAAUGUUU